AGCGAUGCUCCAUUUCCUUACUCUCCCCACUUCUUCUUCGUCAGCAAUCAGAGCCCAAAAUCCCAAACUCUGAAACUCAAACAAACAAUUUCAUUGAUUUCUUUCCAGUCCCAUGGCCUUCACCAACUCGGCUCUCUUUGCUUCUUCUCUCACUCUCCAUCGAUCCAAAAUUUCCGAUUCCGAAUUUGCCCUUCCGCCUCAUCUCUCUCCAUAUGAGCCUUCCAAGCUCCUCCCAUUUCCUACCAUAUGCUCUCAACAUGCUGACACUUUCUCCAGAAAAAUGAACACUGUGCGUGCGUCUACCAAUGGUCUGAAUGCAGUUGGGUCAACCUCGUUGAAGUUUGAUCAAGAUGGUGAUUAUAUUCCGAUGCCAGUUGUUAUGAUCGAUCAAGAUUCAGAUUCUGAUGCAACUAUUGUGCAACUCAGCUUUGGUGAUCGCCUUGGAGCUCUCAUUGAUACGAUCAAUGCAUUGAAAGAUUUGGGAUUGGAUGUGGCAAAGGGAACUGUUACCACUGAGGGACCAGUCAAACAAACAAAAUUUUAUAUAACGCGGUUAGACACUGGGCGCAAAGUUGAAGAUCCUGAUAUGUUAGAGAGAAUUCGACUUACCAUCAUCAACAAUCUAUUGAAGUAUCAUCCAGAAUCUAGUCAGCUACUAGCAAUGGGUGAAGCAUUUGGAAUAAAAGCUCCAGAGAAGAAGCUUGAUGUUGAUAUAGCAACUCAUAUACAUGUGAAGGAAGAUGGGCCUAAGAGGAGCUUGCUUUACAUUGAGACAGCAGAUCGACCUGGGUUGCUAGUAGAAAUCAUCAAAAUCAUUGCUGAUGUUAAUAUCGAUGUGGAAUCAGCUGAGAUUGAUACAGAAGGCUUGGUAGCCAAAGAUACAUUUCAUGUCAGCUACAGAGGGGCAGCGUUAAACAGUUCCUUGUCUCAGGUGUUGGUGAACUGUCUGCGUUACUACAUCCGGAGGCCAGAAACGGAUAUAGAUAGUUACUAAUACAGCUGGAGGAACUGCAUGAACUACUUUUAGUUGUAAAUCAAAUUGUACCAAACAGUCAGCUCAAAGUGACUCGUCGAUCAGCGAGUUUUCAAGAUUUUGAGUUCAUGUUCCCGCAGCAUGGGAUUUUUUCUGGAUGAGUUUCCAGGGAUUCUCAUGACUAGUACCUGAAAAUUAGCAGUGAACUAAUGAAUAAUUGUAAUCAAAAUACGUGUUGGAUGAAAAAUAUUCCCCAGCAUUUGUUGACUGUCUAUAACUUUUUACGUACUAGAGGGAAAAUUUGGAGAUUUGGAACUCAAUUCACCUGUUUUAAGAACAUUUGAACAAUUUUUCUAUACAUGUAAGGUCAUGUAAACUUAUGAAUACGUGUCUACGCUCCCCCUCUGUAGCACGCUCAAUGCCUUGUUGGGUUGUGUUCAGACAGUUGAAUAUGAAUUUCAGUGUUUGUUUUGCUA